UUCAUAGUAAAACAGGUCCUGCAAGGCCAGGUAACUCAGGAAGCCGAAUGGUAAUUAUUCACAGAAGAAAGCCGGUAGUGUACUGUUACAAUACUACUGUAGCAAGUCAGAAGGUCACAAGGCUUGCAAGGUAGCUGACACAACCCGAAACUGCUGGGCCCCUGUACAAAGAAAGAAUAAAAUGGGAGAGAAGGAAGCUGGUUUUUCUAACAUGUCUUUGCAAGGGCUGAGAAAUUGGAAUGGGAUGAUCUAUCAGGCAACUCAUCCCCGGAGAAAGCAAAUUUUCCAUUUCUGCCUGUAGCUCUCCAUCACAGGAUGGGUCCUUGUGAAAUUUUCCCCACCAGUUCUGGAAGGUAAAAAGAUGGCUUAUCAGAAGGUCAAUGCAGAUUUAAGAACCUCAGGAAACUCACCUUACUUAGACAAUGACGACAUCCAUGCCACUGCCCUUGACUUAGAGUGGGAUAUGGAGAAAGAACUGGAAGAGCCUGGCUUUGACCAGUUCCAGCAAGAUAAUGCUGAGACUCAGACCUUGGGGCACUCAGAAACUUUAGACCUCCAUCUUGAUUCCAUCCAACCAGCCUCUUCACCCAAAGGAAGGUUCCAGAGACUUGAAGAAGAGCCUGACUAUGUUACCCACUACCCAAGAUCGGCACCAAAGAGCAAACACUGCAACUUUUGCUACCUUUUAAAAAUAGUUUGCACAGCCACCAUUUUAUUUAUUUUUGGAAUUCUAAUAGGUUAUUAUGCACAUAUGAAUUGCCCUUCUGAUGCCACACCAUCAGGAACAAAGGACAUUCACUUAUACCAGGAUAUUCUCAAGACAAUCAAAGCAGAAGAUAUUAAGAAAUCUUUCAGAAAUUUGCUACAGCUCUAUAAAAGUGAAGAUGACAUGGAAAUUCCAAAGAAGAUUAAGACUCACUGGGCUGCACUGGGCUUGGAAGAUACACAGCUUAUGAACUACUCAGUUCUGCUGGAUUUUCCUGGGCCCUCUCCAGGCACCAUCACUGUGAGCACCACUGGCCAGUGUUUUUAUCCUGAUGGCCAACCUUGCAGAGAAGAAUCCAGAAAAAGCCAUAGCCAAGAUCUGCUCUCCUCAUAUGCAGCCUAUUCUGCCAAAGGAACUCUCCAGGCUGAUGUCAUUGAUGUGAGUUAUGGAACUGCAGAUGAUUUGAAAAGGAUUACAAAACUGAAAAAUACAACAAAUCAAAUUGCACUCCUGAAAUUAGGAAAAUUGCCACUACUCUAUAAGAUUUCCUUACUGGAAAAGGCUGGGUUUGGAGGUGCUCUUCUCUACACUGAUCCUUGUGAUGUGCCAAAGUCUGAAGAUCUUAGCUUGGAGACCUUUAUGGUGACGCUAAAUCCAGGAGGAGACCCUUCUACACCUGGGUACCCUAGUCUUGAUGGAAGCUUUAGAGAGAGCCGACCAAACCUCACCUCCCUGUUAGUGCAGCCCAUCUCAGCGUCCUUUGCUAAAAAACUGAUUGCUUUGCCGAAACUGAGCCUGGCUAAUGAUACCUGUAGCCCUCUGGAGCUUCCAUAUAAUGAAAAAAGAACUGUCAGUUUGCAAGUGCAGACAGCCACGGAAUUUAAACCAGUGACUAGUGUUGUCGGGUGUCUAAGAGGCUGGACAUCACCAGACCGGUAUGUUAUAGUUGGCAGUAACCACCAUGCUGGAUACGGUUAUAAUGGACAGGAAUGGGCCAGCAGUACAGCAGUCAUCACAGCAUUGAUCCAAGCCUUGAUGUUAAGAGUGAAUAAAGGAUGGAGACCAGAGCGUACCAUUGUUUUCUGCUCAUGGGGAGGAACGACUUGGGGCAACAUUGGCUCCUAUGAAUGGGGAGAGGAUCAUGCAAAGGUUCUACAAAGGAAUGCUGUGGCUUACAUUAGCCUUUAUAGUCCUGUUCGCGGCAACAUCAGUCUGCAUCCAGUAGCAUCUCCAUCUCUGCAGCAACUGGUUCUAGAGACAAAUAAGUUCAACUGUACCCGAAAAGCUCAGUGCCCAGGAGCUAACGUCAGCUCUGUACAGAUACAAGGUGAUGCUGACUAUUUCAUCAACCAUCUUGGAGUUCCAGCUGUGCAGUUUACUUACGAGGACAUCAAAACAUUAGAGGGUCCAAGUUUUCUCUCUGAAGCCAUUUUUCCUAAACACACAACCAAAAUUGAAGAAGUUGAUCCAUCUUUCAGACUCCAUGAAGCCAUUACUAAGCUCUCAGGAGAAGUAAUUUUACAAAUUGCCAGUGAACCUGUUCUGCCUUUCAGUGCCCUUGAUAUAGCCUUAGGAGUUCAAAACAGCCUUAGAGGUGAUGAGCCCAGUGUCCCUCACCUACUUGCCAUGGCAUCACACCUGAGGGAGAGUGCUGAAAUCUUCCAGUCAGAUGAGAUGCGGCCUGCUAAUGACCCAAAGGAAAGAGCUCCCAGCCGUGUCCGAAUGCUGAAUGACAUCCUUCAAGACCUGGAGAAGAACUUCCUGAUAACGCAGGUGCCACCAGGUUUUUAUAGAAACAUCCUGUACCAUCUUGAUUGGAAGACAAGCCAGUUUUCCAUCCUGAAGGCGGCUUGGGAGCAGUGCAGUUCGCUGGCCUCAAAUGAGACCAUUCAAGAGGCCCUGUCUGAUGUGCUGAAUAGCAUUCAUUCAGCUCAGGUUUUCCUCAAAGCAGGACUGGAUGUGUUUGAGAAUGUCUUGGUUGAAAAGAACUGAGAAAAUAUGCAGCAUUUUAAAAGUUUGUUUACAAGUAUAAAAACAAAAUCUCUAAAUUGACCAGGUAUUUGUGUGUGUGUGAGUGUGUAUGUGUGAUCAAAGACUUUACCCCAAUUUUAAAGCUAUUAUAUGGCAUAUUUUUAAAUGUACAUAAGAAAGAACAUUUUGUACAUUUUAGAUAUUUUUAUAUUUCCAUUUUAGUAUAUAACAGCAAUUAUUGAAAUAAUACCCAAGAUUUAUCUAUUACAGAGAAGUAUGCUGUAUUUUUGUAAAUAAAAAGCCUGUGAGGGGUUUAAGAUAUUCUUGGCAUUACCAUUGCUGUGGACAGAAUGUGGAGAAAUUCCAGAAUUCUCUCUAAUAAAAUCUCCAGUGACUGAGUUUCUAUGUUAGACAUGGAGACCUGAUAAGUUUUCAGACAAAUGUUCAAGUAACUGUUCAAUAUGAAGAAGUAAUGCAUUUUGAAUGAGGGAUUGAUGCUCAGAAUCACUUUGAAUGUUUCUAUUUUAUAAAAUGAAGUUCCUCUUCUUGACACAACUAGAUGUAGUAAUGCACUGGUUAUGAAGUUGAAUUUUGUAAGUACUAAUGAAAAAAGAGCCAUAAACAUUCCAUGGGGGAAACUCUCAAGAAACUGGAGAGAGCAAUUUAAAUGCAAAUUCUUCCGAAGGCUACACGUUUUGAAAAUCUUAAAUUGCCUCAAUUGAUGCUAUGUGAACUUCAGCAGUGAUGUACAUUGACAAGGGACAGCACAUUCCUUCCUUUCCCUUCUGUGGUUUCCGAUGGAAUGACAGAAGCAGGGAAUAGGCUACAGGAAGUCAUCUCACACGGCUGUCCCUCCUUACAUCUUUCCCACAAUCCCUUGCUAUAAAGUGAUUUUAACAGAAUACUGUGUAACAAUAAUGGAAAAUUUUCACAGUUUGUCUUUGAAAAAUCAAAAUAUCAUCAAAUACAUAUGUUAUUUUUGCCAAUAGUAAACUACUGGCAAAAAAAGCCCUACUAUGAAAGAGAUGUCUUUUUUGUCAACAAAUAUUCUAAAUAUAAGAAAAAAUUUAUCAUUUCCCCCUUUGUUAUCCUUCAUAGUGGCUAAGAUUAAAAACAGAAAAUAGGCAUGCCAAUAUGUUGUCAAAAAUUUAAGUGCUUUAGAGCCUUUGUCUCUCAUGUAGGAGAUGGAGUUUGUAUUUGGGCAUUGUCAUUCAGAAUCUCCACAGUCCAUAUCCCUUCAAACUAAAACAUUAUUCCUGGUUAUGGAAAAGCAAAGCUUUUACCCUACCUUGUCAACACAUUUGUUUAAAAAUAUUCUUCUCAUACUGAGUAAUGCAGUUUCCCUUUGAGAACAGACCAUGAGAUAUUUCUUAUGACAUUCCCUACACAUUUCAGUCCUGAAACAAUUGGCAUUACAUAUGGCCAGGAAAAUGCUGUAACUAUCCUUGUGUGUCUAGGACUUUUACUUCUUUUGGAUAAAGCAAGGUUAGUUUAAAAGAAAGCUAGAGUUAAGAGAAAAGAAUUAACCAUCAUCGACUAAGGAUUUAUAAGGGGCAGCUCUUCCUACCAUUAGUAAUAAUUGUAUGCUCAGAGCACAUAACUGGGACAAUAUGGUAAAUAAUUCAGGCAGAAACAAGUAUUCAUCUGAAGUGCCUAUGUAUGAACAUUUUUAUAUGAAAAAUUAAACUACCUUUUAAUAUAUUUAAUGUACUUACUUAAUGUAAUCAUAUUGAACAUACUUGUUUGAGAAUGUUUGCCACACAGCUGAAUGUGUAUAGGAAGGCAUCACAAGGGUCUAGGUACUGCUUUCCUGGCCCUGCUUCUUUCCCAUAAUCUGCAGAGAUGAGCAGAGAAAGGGUUACAGAAUGCUUAGACUGCCAGAGAAUCAAUCCUAUGUCAAGGGUGUUCAACACUGAAUCACAGUAAUGCAGUUAUUUGUAUGAAGUUGAAUUUAAAACAAAGAAUGACAAAAUACUUUUUAUUUCGUAGAUUGUAGAAUAUUUUAUUAGAUCACUUAAAAGAUCAAAUGAAAAGAUAAAAUUACCUUUAAAAUAUAUGUACAUGAACUCUAAAGAUGCUGUUCCACAUUUUGGUUUUAAGGGAGCCCUGAGCCUUGUGACAUAGUAUUACAGCUGUGACAUGCGUACCUCAAGACUUUUUCAGAUGCAUAACAUGUUAACUUUCUCCUGAAUUUCCAAGUGAAUAAAGUACUGAGCAAGGUAAUGAUGAAUGGGAUGUGAACCAGCAGUAUUUUCUAAUGGAUAUUGAGACUUCUAAGUAUCAAGUACUUCUCAAAGUACUUCAUAUAUAAUUGGUUCCAGGAGAUAACCAAUCAUAUAUGUUCCAUUUGCCAGGAAAAUAUGAAGAAUACGUGAUGUGAAAGUGACCAAGCAGGAAAUCCAGGGAUAUUGUCCCAGUACUAGAGACAAAAGAGAGCCUAAGCGACAGUCAAGACUAAGGCUGAGCAUUCUGCCUCAGUCAUAAAAUCACCACUAUCCCUAUCAGAUGCAGUACCUGAGACAGGUGAUGGAGAAGCAGGCACAUCAGCAUCCAUUCAGAGAGUGGCUAAAGCCACCUAGAUUUCCAUCUUCUUGUCUAGUGUGCAUUCUCCUGUCUCCCAGAAGAGUGAUAGAUGGCCUAUUCAGUGAAUGCUGGGAACAUGAUUUUAAUGCUAGGCAACCUCACAUUUUGAUCGUACUUGACAAAGUAUUCCCAGGCAAUCUGGCCCCAUAAUAUGAAGUCUCAGGGAUGACACCAGAAGUCAGGAAGAGGCUGAAUGAAGUGUUAUUACAGAAACCUCUUAGCUGGGAACAUCAACAGUCUAAAUUAGUAUUUUUUGAAAUGUGAAAUUAGGGGAAGAGUUUUCAGGAUUUCUAUUCUCAGACUCAAAAUUGUCUAUUUUAAUAAUUUCUAAACUGUAUCAAUCCUAUAUUCUUAUAAAAUAUCUUAAAAGCCUAUGAAAAUAAAAAAAAAACACAUUGAUGAAGGAUCCCAAAGAUUUUGAAAAUGCCAUCAUUAAAACCGCACUAAGCAACUGGAGAGUUGAUUCAGCGGUAGGAGCACUUGAAACUCAAUCGUGAGGAGGUUAAUUCAGUUUCCAGCUCCUGCAUUAGGCAGGUCAUAAAUACCUGUAAAUUCCAGCAUCCAGGGAUCCAAUGCCCUCUCCUGACCUGCAGGAGCAUUGUGCACAUACUCACGCAUGAACAAAAUACCCCACAAAUGUAAUAUUACAAAGGAUGAUAUGUUUUACCAGUAAAAGAGAAGUCAUAUGUAGCCAACAUCUAUGACACCUAUGGCAAGAACUGGUUUAGACAUGAUUUAUUUUGUUUUAUUUUUCUACUUAACUAUAUAGAGCAAUUCAUUUAAGAAGAAAGAAACAAGUUUAAUGAGACAUAUUCAGACUUCUGAGGUAAAUAAAAAUGUUGUGUUGUCUUUUUCCUCUCAGAGGGACCCUGUAAUGUCAACGUGCGUGCCUUGGACCAGGCAAAAUAGAAAAUUCAGCUUUUUUGAUUUAAAAACAUAAUGUGAUGUAACAUUUUGGUGUGAGCUUUCCACAUAUGACCAGCCUCAGGUAGUUCAUCGAUAGCCUUGGUAGGAUCCACUUCACCAUAAUUGUAAAAUAUCUAAAAGCAGCAUACAUAAUCCCCAAUGGCUGUAGCCCAAUAAUGCUGUGCCUGUGUAAAUUGAGAAACCAUGAAAUCUAAGCAAAUAAUUAUACCAGGAAAACUAGGCUUCAAGUUAUAAUUUUAAACCAGAAUGCACUACUCUCAUAAUACUUCCUCCAAAUGUCUAUACAAUUCAUCAAGAAAAAAAGCAAAAUAAAACAACAACAAAAACAAGUGCUUUCGUAUAUGUCUGUGGCUAUAUAUAUCAGACCUCAAAACUCCAGUGAUCUUCUUAAAUAACUACAUAGGAUGUAGAAGUCUUGUUGGCUAUAAAGAUAAUUGUCACACAAAUAAGAUAUUGGUUACUCUCUUAUUAGUGGUGAGUCAGCAUCCUGACUCAAUUUUUUUAAAAAAAAUUAAUAUUUUCAGAAUAAGUUUUUAGACUUAGCCAAUAAUGUUCUGAGACACUUCAUACUAUAUGUAAUUAAUUCCGGCAAGAAUUAAGCUUUCUCUGUGAAUUAUAUUUUGUCAUAUUAUUGGUUUAGUAUGUUACGGACAUGCACAUUUGCUUAAUGGAAAGGAAUUAUUUUAAAGUGCCAAUACAUGGGCUGAGUAGAAGGGAAAAGGUCUCACAUAUUUAAACAAAUUACUCUCCAAUCUGUUUCGAUGCAGGACUGAGAACUCAGCCUAGGAAUACAGAAACAAGCACAUGAUAUUUGUCUCACUACGCAGGCAAAUUCAGAUCUAUUCCAUGAGUUUAAAUGGCUAUCUUAAAAAUUGCUCAUUAGAGUUUGCUGUUCUGAAAUCUGAAAAAAGCAUUGCAGAGUUCAAAGUACUCUAUUAAAUGUGACUACCAUACAGUUGACUGGAUUUGUUUUAUUGAAUUUUGAAUGUGAAGUGACAUAAAUUUGAAAAAUUUAAAACUAUAUUGUAGAAUGUUGCUGGUAAUCAGCAUGCUCACUCAGAAAUACACCGUGUUUUCUCUCUAGAUAAACUCUAGAAAUUAUAUUAGACUUGGCCUUCCUGGAACAGUGGUUUUAGGAUUAAUCUAUUUAACACAAGUCUUUCUGCUAACCACCAAUAGUUUUCAUUCUAUAAUACCAUUCUUUUACCUUCAAAGAUAUACACUGACAGUGCCUUGAGCAUAGAGAGGUUUGUAAGAAUACUGAAGUGCAGCUUACUGUGAGUUGACUUGUUUCUUAAAGGCAUUUAUAAUUUCAUCUUCAAACUGGAUCAGGAUUUUAAAUGAAUAAUAAGGAGCAAAGGAAUAAACUAAGGCAUAUUCAGGACUUACUGUUGCAGUAUUUCUGGUCAUAUUAUAUUUUUGGACAUAUAGUUACAAAACUUGCAAUAAACAAAAUGGUGACACUGAGCUUUUUAGCCAAAAUCCACUCUGCAAAGCCAAAGAAACAUCUGGUUGUUCUGCUUUCUUAUUUCUAGGAGCCAGUCAAAAAUUAAAGCAUGAGCCACCUAUUGACCGUCUAAGCCCAGGGAAAUCUUUAAUGACUACACAAAAACCUAACAGUGUUCAUUCUUUCUCCUUUGAUAGGUUAAGCCAAUAAGCCCAGAAGUAGCUUUUCUCAUCAGAAGACAGAUUUUAUUUUCUCAGGUAUAAUUAGUAUGUACCAUGUCAGUCACAAAAAGGCCACACAGGUGUCUGCCUCAUGCUGUAUGUCAUUGCUAUAGUUCUGCAAACUCAAAAGAUUAAUAUGCAAUUAUUAUUAUGAAUGAUUAUGCUGCAUUAACAUUGAUAGUGGUCUUUUGUUCUAAUUAAAGUGAAGACUUGGGAUGUGUAUAGAACUUCACUGAAGAAGUUGAGCCAGAGUCCCUAUUUUAAUGGACUACAAAUAUUUUUCAAUCAAAAUGUACAAUUUUAAUUACCUAUGCUCUUCAAUAAUUAUAAUUUUAUAGUUCUUUCAAGAAAUUGUAUUUAAUAUGGGGCCAUGCAGGGUUAAUGCCUGAGUUUCACCUUUGAGAUUUCUUAGCCAUUUAAGAAUGUAUUUUCUGUACAUACAGUAUAAUUUUAUUAAAAUUAAUAAUAAUGAUAUUAUUUGGUUUUAUAUGCUAUGAAUGGACCUUACUCUGAAAUUUAGAACAAAACAUGACGAAUUUAUAAGGAUUAUUUUCUUUCUUUGUACAAAGAAAGACAAAUAUAUAAAUAAAUAUUUCACUAAACCAUUGCAACUUGUCCUCAAGAAGGAAAAUGCCCAGAUGGUUAAGUGUGGCUCAUAUAAUUAUAUUCCAAGGAUGUUAUAAAUAAUUCCAUUUAGUGGCUAGGCAGACUCUAUUAGGUGACUGAGUGUGUACAAUGCUAACAGAAGGGUUUUGUGGCAAAUAUAUCCCACACAUUUUAACUUGCUAUUUGAAAAAGAAUUAUGUCCAGAUUAGAAAAGCUUCCGAGGGCAUUCUAAUGUUGUAAUUUGCUUUUAUAGACACACAGAAAAUUGCAUGGCAUUUUGAUAAUACUUUUAUGUGGGCUUCCAAUGUUCAUAUAUACAAGUGUUUAGUAUAUUUUUAGGUUUUUUUAGUUGUGUUUCUAAUAAAACAUCCUUUAAAUGGACAAAUUUUUAUAAAUUUUAUAUAUUUUUCCAGUGCUAUAAUAUCAAAAGGGACAAUCAUAGAAUUGCAAAUGAAAAUAAGCAGAGAAAAAUUUUAUAGUUUCAUGGGACAAAAUGUAAAGGCUAAUCUUACCAAAUAAAUGUAAUUUAAUUUAAAACAAUCAUAUCUGAGUAUGCCCAUUAAUAAAUUUUAUAGAACUGUAUUAUUAUUAGCUUUUGUUCGAGAUAAUCUUAUUAUCAUCUGUGAUUGUUAAACUUCAUUGCAUAGAGAUUGCUAAAGUCAUUGUAGUUUUCGUUGAUUUUUAAUGACAAUAGUUUAUAGGUAUAUGUCUAUAUUUUUUAAUUACUACAUAUGGUCGAAUGUCUACUUUCUUUGUGUGAAUGUCCAUACAAAACAUGUUCCCAAGUGUGAUCUCAAUUCAGUAUAUAACCACUUUGUGCUACUUCAAAUGAUUCAAUAUGCAGCUUUUCAUGUGAUUAGAGUGAUAAGAAUGGAUUGACUUUCCAAAUCCAUUAAGAAUGAGUGAGCAUUUUAUAUUUCACUGGCUUAAAUAUUUGCUCAUAAUGAAAAACUUAGUACUAUUAAAUAAAAGUAUCUUUAAAAUAGCAUGUUCUGAUUCAUAAAUGCAAUGGAUAUAAAUAUAUAAAGUAUCAUUUUAAAGCAUCAAUUUAAAUAUAUAAAUUUCAAGUGAAAAUGAA